AUGAUCAUCCUGGUGUGCUGCUUCAUGUGCAGCAAGAGCAUCAGCAACAAGUGGGAGACCCACCUGGGGCUGCUGCAGGCAGAGUACACUGAGGGAGAUGCCCUGGUUGUGCUGGGCCUGAAACGCUACUACUGCUGGUGGAUACUGCUGGUGCAUGUGGACCUGAUUGAGAAGCUCCUGAACUAG